AUGGACGGCGAUGGCAGCCGCCGAGACGCCCCCGGCGCACUGAUGGAGGCCGGGCGCGGCGCGGGGCCCGCGGGCAUGGCGGAGUCGGCGGUCGUGCCGCGGACGCGGGCGGCGCGGCCCGGGCCCCAGCGCUUUCUGCGGCGCAGCGUGGUGGAGUCGGACCAGGAGGAGCCGCCCGGCCUGGAGGCAGCCGAGGCGCCUGGCGUGCAGCCCCCGCAGCCCCUCCAGCGCCGGGUGCUGCUGCUUUGCAAGACGCGCCGCCUCAUAGCCGAGCGCGCUCGCGGCCGCCCCGCCGCCCCCGCGCCCGCCGCGCCUUCGGUGCCCGCCGCGCCGCCUGGCGCCCCUGCCAAACCCGGCCCGGAGCCCGCCGGCCCGCGGGAGCCGGGCCCCGAUUCGACCGCUGUCCCGCCCGCGCCCGCCCCCGACGGCGGCCCCCGGGAUGAGGAGGAGGCCGGGAGGAAAGAGGACGCCGGGGCCACUGAGGUGAAGCCGGAGCCGGGGCGCGCUCGCCGGGAUGAGCCCGAGGUGGAGGAGGACGAUGAGGACGACCUCAAGGCCGUGGCCACGUCUCUGGACGGCCGCUUCCUUAAGUUUGACAUCGAGCUGGGCCGCGGCUCCUUCAAGACGGUCUACAAGGGGCUGGACACCGAGACCUGGGUGGAAGUGGCCUGGUGCGAGCUGCAGGACCGGAAGCUCACCAAACUAGAGCGGCAGCGCUUUAAGGAGGAGGCUGAGAUGCUCAAGGGCCUGCAGCACCCCAACAUUGUGCGCUUCUAUGACUUCUGGGAGUCCAGUGCUAAGGGCAAGCGCUGCAUCGUGCUGGUGACUGAGCUGAUGACUUCAGGGACGCUGAAGACGUACCUGAAGCGUUUCAAGGUGAUGAAACCCAAGGUGCUGCGCAGCUGGUGCCGGCAGAUCCUGAAGGGCCUGCUGUUCCUGCACACCCGGACACCCCCCAUCAUCCACCGAGACCUCAAAUGUGACAACAUCUUCAUCACGGGGCCCACAGGGUCUGUGAAGAUUGGAGACUUGGGCCUGGCCACCCUCAAGAGAGCAUCUUUUGCCAAGAGUGUUAUAGGCACCCCUGAGUUCAUGGCGCCAGAGAUGUAUGAAGAGCACUACGACGAGUCCGUGGAUGUCUAUGCCUUUGGGAUGUGCAUGCUGGAGAUGGCCACCUCCGAGUACCCCUACUCAGAGUGCCAGAACGCUGCCCAGAUCUAUCGGAAGGUCACCUGUGGCAUCAAGCCGGCCAGCUUUGAGAAAGUGCAUGAUCCUGAAAUCAAGGAAAUUAUUGGGGAGUGUAUCUGCAAAAACAAGGAAGAAAGGUAUGAGAUCAAGGACCUGCUGAGCCAUGCUUUCUUCGCCGAGGACACUGGUGUGAGAGUGGAGCUGGCAGAGGAAGACCAUGGCAGGAAGUCAACUAUUGCUCUGCGUCUCUGGGUUGAGGAUCCCAAGAAAUUGAAGGGCAAGCCCAAGGACAAUGGGGCCAUAGAGUUCACCUUUGAUCUGGAGAAGGAGACUCCCGAUGAUGUAGCACAGGAAAUGAUCGAGUCGGGAUUCUUUCAUGAGAGUGACGUGAAGAUUGUGGCCAAGUCCAUUCGUGACCGUGUAGCACUGAUCCAGUGGCGGCGUGAGAGGAUCUGGCCGGCUCUGCAGCCUCCAGAGCAGCAGGACCCCAGCAGCCCUGACAAGGGCAAGGGCCCCCCUCCGACCGUGCAGGUGCAGGUGGGUCACCAUGUGCAAACUGGGCCACCUGAGCCUGAGGAGCCUGAGGUCGACCAACACCUGCUCCCACCUGUGCUGCCAGCCAGCGCCACCUCCCUGGCCUCGGACAGCACCUUUGACAGUGGCCAGGGCUCCACAGUGUACUCGGAUUCCCAGAGCAGCCAGCAGAGUGUGGUGCUGGGCUCGAUGGCUGAUGUGGUACCUCCCGCCGCCCAGUGUGUGUGCAGCCCCCCUGUGAGCGUGAGCGAGGGCGCGGUCUUGCCGCACAGCCUGCCCACGCUGGGAGCCUACCAGCAACCUGCUGCGCCUGGCCUGUCGGUGGGCUCUGUUCCACCCCCCACCCACCCUCCACUCCCGCAGCCUCAUUUCCCAGAGCCAGCCUUGAGCUUUGCUCCUGUGUUGCCACCACCUAGUGCCCCUGUGCCAACGGGCCCAGGCCAGCCAGCACCCCUUGGCCACCAGCCUCCUCCCCUGGCCCAGCCGGCACCCUUGCCACAGGUCCUGGCCUCACAGCCUGUAGGCCCUCUGCAACCUGUGCCCCCCCACCUGCCUCCAUACCUGACUCCGACCUCCCAGGUGGUGGCCCCCACUCAGCUGACUCCUAUCCAGAUGCCACCUGCACCCCUACCACCACUGGCUCAAGUCCCUCCACAGAUUCCUCCGCUUCCUGUCGCCCCCCCCAUCGCCCCAUUGGCGACAAUCGACAGCCUCCCCACAGCCCUCCCUACAGCCCUCCCCGACCUGCCUGCUGCCAGUGGGCCUCCUAUGCCUCCCCCAUCUCAGUAUUUCUCUCCAGCUGUCAUCUUGCCAAGCCUCCCGCUCAGCGCCGCUGCCACCCCUCUGCCUGCGUCUCCGGCACUGCCUCUGCAGGCGGUUAAACUACCCCACCCUGCUGGGGCACCACUGGCUGUGCCGUGUCCGACUAUCAUGCCAAAUGUGGCAGCUGCCGCCACCGCCAUCCCUCUGCUGGCCGUGGCCCCUCAGGGUGUGGCCGCCCUGUCCAUUCACCCUGCCGUGACCCAGCUCCCAGCCCAGUCCAUGUACCCGGCUGCCUUCCCGCAUAUGGUGCCUGGUGAUGUCCCACCUUCUCCCCUCCAUGCGGCCCAGACUGUGAGGGCUGCCCCAACGCAGUCGGCGCCCCCCACGCUGCCGCAGCCCCACCAGCCGGGUGUCGCCAGCCUUUCCGAGCAGGCUGCUCCAGCCACUGGCGUGGGGAGCCAGACCCUGCUUGGCCACCCACCUCCAUAUGCCGUGGACGUCACUGCCCAGGUCCCCACCGUGCCUGUGCCUCCCACCACCAUCCUCUCCCCACCUCUGCCGGAAGUGCUGCCACCCACAGCCCCUGAGCUCCUGCCUCAACUCCCUGGCUCCCUGGUGCCUCCAGUGGUGGCGGCUACUCAGAGCUUGCCCAUCCAGACUGCUGCAGCUGUACCCCCAGCUAACCCAACGCUGCCCAGUGGGCCUGUGAUCUCUGGCCCCUGCCCGGCUGUCCAGCUGACAGUGGAGCCAGCCCCAGAGGAGCUGGCCUCACAGGACAAGCAGUCCAGCCUCCUGCAGAACUGUGAGAGCUAUGGAGGGUCUGAUGUCACUUCUGGAAAAGAGAUGAGUGACAGCUGUGAUGGCGCUUUUGGGGGGGGUAAGCUGGAAGGCAGGGCCUCUCGGAAACAUCACCGCAGGUCCACACGCAUGCGGUCCCGCCAGGAGAGGGCCAGCAGGCCCCGGCUGACAAUCCUCAAUGUGUGCAACACAGGUGAUAAGAUGGUGGAGUGCCAGCUGGAGACGCACAACCACAAGAUGGUGACCUUUAAGUUCGACCUGGAUGGGGAUGCGCCUGAUGAGAUCGCCACCUACAUGGUGGAGCACGACUUCAUCCUGCCUGCUGAGCGGGAGACCUUCAUCGAGCAGAUGAAAGAUGUCAUGGACAAGGCGGAGGACAUGCUGAGUGAAGACACAGACGCUGACCAUGGCUCUGACCCAGGAGCCAGCCCUCCACACAUGGGUACCUGUGGCCUGGGUGCUGGGGAAGAGGGUCGACAAUCCCAAGAGAAUGCCCCAGUGUAUCAGCAAAACGUCCUGCACACGGGGAAGAGGUGGUUCAUCAUCUGUCCUGUGGCUGAGCACCCAGCAGUAGAGGCCCCUGAAUCUUCGCCUCCACUUCCUCUGGGUUCCCAGCAGCCAGAAACCAGCCAAGACCCAGCACCCGGUAAAGACCAACUGUCCCUGGAGGAGAAACCUGGCAUCCCGGCUGCUCCACAACUUCUGAGCCAAGCAGGCCCCAGGGACACCCCUGGCAGCACACCAGCCCCUUUGGUGCCAUCCUCCCCUCCCGUGACAACUCUGCCCCAGGAUGCAAGUGCAUCAGCUGCCGGUCCCAAGCCAGAGCCAGCAGCAGGGGCUGCCGUGCAGGCAGGGGGCCCAGGGGCCCCUCAGGGGUUGGCCAGUGAGUGUGAGACUCAACGGCCAGUGGCAGAAAUUCAUGACACGCAGCUUGCCACAGGGUCCCUGGGUGAGGGUCAAGAGCCUUGCAUCCCACCUGCAGAAGCCCCUCGCCACCCCCUGGGUCUGGGAGAGACUGUCUCAUCCAGGAAGGGCAGUAUCCAAGGGGAACUCAUGCCGGCUCCAGCCCCUGUGCCCUGUGCCCCUGGUGGGGCCCCUCAGCCUGCCCUGGGCCAGCCCCUAGCACCAGUCCCCACUGCAGUGGGGGCUGUCAGCAUGGCUGCCCCACAGCUCCCCAGUCCCCCACUGGGCCCCACUGCACCCCCGCAGCCACCCUCUGCCUUGGAGUCUGAUGGGGAAGGGCCACCCCCCAGGGUGGGCUUUGUGGACAACACUAUCAAGAGCCUGGAUGAGAAGCUGCGUACCCUGCUCUACCAGGAGCAUGUGCCCACCUCCUCUGCCUCAGCCGGGACCCCCAUGGAGGCAAGUGACAAAGACUUCACCCUGGAGCCCCUGAAAGGGGACCGACCCCGCACAGAGGCAGCCAGGGGGGACCCGGCUCUGCUGUCCCAGCUGGAGGUGGAAAAGUCAGAAAUAGUCCCUGGGGGGGGAUCCACAUUGGAGCAGGCCACAUCCUCAUCGGCAGUGACAGCAGAAUCAUCUUCCACUAACUCGCUGGGCUCUGAUGGAGGAUGUGUGGCUUCAGAUUCACCCCCAGCACCCAGCGCCUCCCAGGAUGCUGCCGCUUCUGUCACUCCUGCACAAUUGGAACGCACAGGCCAGAGCAGUGGGCCCCCCAGGGAAACCUUGGCUAACCCCAUGCAGAUCUGCCCCGGGAUGUUGACUGAGGACGGCCAGGCCAGCCACCCCCAGAUGCAUAGUGCUCUGGCCUCGGGCUCCCCUCGGAAGCGGCCAGGGCAGCAGGAUAGCAGCUCGCCAGCCAAAACCAUGGGCCGGUUCUCUGUGGUCAGCACCCAGGACGAGUGGACCCUGGCCUCCCCCCAAAGCCUUCGGUACUCGGCCCCACCGGAUGUCUACUUGGACCAGGCUCCCCGCAGCCCUGAUGUGAAGUUGGCUGUGCGGCGGGCCCAGACGGCCUCCUCCAUUGAGGUUGGCAUGGGCGAGCCCGCGUCCAGCGACUCUGGGGAUGAAUGCCCACGCCGGAGGCUCCCCCCACAGAAGAACACCUCCCUGCCCAGUGGUGGGGGUAUGGCCAGUGACUUGGUGAAGAAGGCCACCGCCUUUCUGCACAGGUCCUCGCCAGCUGAUUCGCCGGGCCUGGGGACACCCAGCAGGACGGGUGUGAAGGUCCCUACUAUCAGCGUCACUUCCUUCCACUCCCAGUCAUCCUACAUCAGCAGUGACAAUGACUCAGAGAUUGAGGAUGCUGACAUCAGGAAGGAACUGCAGAGUCUGCGAGAGAAGCACCUGAAGGAGAUCUCAGAACUGCAGAGCCAGCAGAAGCAAGAGAUUGAGGCCCUGUACCGACGCCUGGGCAAGCCGCUGCCCCCCAACCUCGGCCUAUUCCACACUGCACCCCCUGCUGGCCGUCGCAGGAGGACCAGCAGGAACAAACUGAAGGCGGGGAAGCUGCUGAACCCACUAGUGCAGCAGCUCAAGGCUGUGGCUUCCAGUACAGGUCACUUGUCAGACUGCAGCCGAGGCCCUCCUGCUAAGGACCUUGCCAAAGCCAGUGUGGGGCCCGCGGCAGCCGUCCCGGCGGCCGUCCCGGCUUCAGACCCAUGUGGGAAGGCAGUUCAGACCCGGCAGCCUUGCUCCGUCCGGGCUUCCCUGUCUUCGGACAUCUGCUCCGGCUUAGCCAGUGAUGGAGGCGGAGCGCAUGGCCAAGGCUGGACGCUUUACCACCCAACGUCUGAGAGAGUGGCCCAUAAGUCUAGUAGCAAACCUCGCGCUCGAUUCCUCAGUGGACCCGUGUCUGUGUCCAUCUGGUCUGCCUUGAAGCGUCUCUGUCUAGGCAAAGACCACAGCAGUCGGUCCUCCACCAGCAGCCUGGUCCCAGGCCCCGAGCCAGGCCCUCAGCCAGCCCUGCAUGUUCAGGCCCAGGUGAACAAUAGCAACAACAAGAAAGGUACCUUCACGGAUGACCUGCACAAGCUGGUGGAUGAGUGGACAAGCAGGACGGCGGGGGCCACGCAGAUGAAACCCUCACUCAACCAGCUGAAACAGACGCAGAAGCUGCACAGCAUGGAGGCCCCAGCAGGCCAGCCCCCGGCCCCUGGAGAGGCUCGGGCUGUGAAUGCACCUCGAACUGCAAUGGGGAUGCCAUGUCUGGCCCUGGCGCCCGGCCUUCCACCCACCUCGGUCAUUCUUGGAGCCACCCCGGCCCUGCCUGUGCCCAUGCCUGUGCCCGUGCCAGAUUCUGAGAGUGAGGAGCCCGACUGAGCCCAGGCAGGCCAACUGACCCUGACGCGGGCCCGUGUCAUCUCAGGCGGAGAAGGGGACGCUGGGAGCGCCAGGGCCUCGGCGAGCCUGAGCCGCCUGUCACUCACACUGUUUUGUAACCACUUUCUAAACAUUUUUUAUUCACAAUUGGAAACACAAAUGUAAUGCAAGAAUAAAAAAUAUUUUGGGGG